AGCUCCGCAGCGCACAGUAUAUCAUAGGAUAUAUCAAGUGGUAGAGCCGGAACAAAAACAUCAUCCACCUCAACACAUCCUUCAACUCGUUUACUUUUGUCGCUUUACCGCAGAGGAGAAGACCUUCGGGACACUAUGAAAUUCCAGCGAAUAGCUGCUCAGCUAGACCAGCUACCAGUCGAACUCAUUGAACCCAUUCUCUCCGAUUUGAAGCUAUCCGCCAUUCUCAAUCUCUCAGCCGUCGGUAGUCCUUACCUCGUAUCCGCAAUCCGAGGUAGUCCGACUUGGGGUAAAAUCUUAACUCCACAACUCCCGGACGCCACUCAUGCAUACAAAAUCUGGAUUCGAGUAUACCAUCUGUAUAUUGAGAACGCCAACGAACGCUCCAACCCUUGCCGGCUAUUACCUGUUUAUACCGAUUUGUCCAGGCUCUUAGCUUCGAGCCCGGGCGUACCGGAGCUAAGAGAUGCUCAUGCAGGGAGCAUAACUACCAAAAUCUGGGAAUGUACAACGUGUCUCAUAGAGAAACUGUUUCAACAGCUCUUUACUUAUGAUUGGGACUUCGAAGACUUGAAAGCAUUAUGCAUGUUUAUUCCCUGGGAAGAGAUUUCGGCCACUGAUGCCUCGUUCAACCAUACCAUCAUACCUGGGGCCCGUGACGAGACAACCUUGGCCCUCUACGCCCAGCACUUUCGCGGACCAUGGCCUCUACAACGGAUUGAAUUCUGGCUCCCCCAUUUCGAGCGGGGGCAGCAGCUCCUGAAAAAAGCAAAAGCUGCAGAACUUCGGGCACUUGGCGACCUCUAUUCUUCUCAUGGAACCUUCUUGAAGAAAGCGGCUGCCCCACAGCUUCCCUCCCGUAACCCCCAGCACGAACGCGAGCGCUUGUACGGCGACGCUGAACGAGUCCUCGGUUUCCGGAAUUUCAGGCAGAGAUAUCAAGCUGUCUUCGGAUACAAUUGGAAAAAGCAACCUGUACCAUAUCGCCCAUGGUAUCGCUUCAGCAAUUAUCACCCUAACAUUGUUCCCUAUGAUCGGCAUCUACAGCUUUUUGUCAACGUGCUUAUUGCACAUCCUCUCCCUCCGGCCGGUGAUUCCGAGGUCUUCUCAUCCUCAGGUGAAAUAAACACCGCAAUGGGCCGGCUAUCUCUUACCUAUCCCACUGAGCUCAUCCCAGAUCUUCAGAAGGCGAUCGAUGGUCUUGCAUUUGUCUACCAACAUGGCCAAACGGGAGAACAACUGCGUAAGGCUGGAAAAGAUGCAGUAUAUCGUACUGAGAACACACCUUUCUCUGCUCUUGAAAAAAGAGGAGACGGUAAACCUGCUUUUUGUAUACAGACUCGGGCUUUUUGUAUACAAGCUCGAGGCAUAAAAGCUAUGCCGCAUGAUGAAAGAGAGUUGGAAUGGUUGAGAGCAUUUGUCAAUUGCUGCGCGUGGAUGGAGACAGAAUUCCCAGAUCUGGUUGGUCCUUAGCGGUAGAGGGUUCGACGUUUGAUCUGUUUAGAUUGUGCCUCGAUUAGCGUAUAUAUCCUGUGAAUAUACCUCG